ACUUCACCCAGCUCUGCCUAGCUCAGCACCAAGCCUACUGGUUUCUGGAGAUUUCAUGUGAGAAAAGGACAAACCUCGAACCCCCCUUUUUUCCUCUCUCAUCUGCGACUGUUUUCACGGUCCUCUUUCGCGUCUCUUUUUUUUUUUUACUCAUUCGGAUAAUGUGGACCUCCAAAGCGCUCGCAGUAUGACAAAAGAUUUCAGGAUGCUGGACUUGUGCUCCUCGUUUUGUUCCUCUGUUUUUACUUAAAUGCCAACACGGUGAAUGCGUCGGACAGAGUGGACAGGGCUGCUGCUUGGAGGUCCGCAUUCACAAAGUCUUGCCUUUUCUUUAUUUGAUUUGUUAUUUUUGGUUCUUUUUCUGAAUUCAGGACGAUGUAACGACAGAUCCACCUUUGCGCAGCUGAAGUGUCCUCAUCAAAAUGCAGAAGGGAAUACGACUUAAUGAUGGUCAUGUCACCUACCUGGGGCUUUUGGCAAAGAAGGAUGGUACGAGACGCGGGUGCUUGAGCAAAAAGAGCUCAGACAACACGAAAUGGCACACAAAGUGGUUCGCUUUGUUACAGAAUAUGCUCUUUUAUUUCGAGAACGAGUCCAGCUCUCGACCCUCGGGAUUAUACCUGUUGGAGGGAUGCAUAUGCGACAGGGCGCCUUCACCGAAACCUUCACUGUCAGCCAAGGAGUGUUUGGAAAAGCAGUACUAUUUCACAGUCAGCUUCACCCACGAAAACCAAAAGGCACUUGAGUUACGCACAGAAGAUGUAAAAGACUGCGAUGAAUGGGUGGCUGCAAUAUCACACGCCAGUUACAGAAACUUGGCUACCGAGCAUGAGACUCUCAUGCAGAAGUAUCUUCAUCUGCUUCAGAUUGUGGAGACGGAGAAAACAGUUGCUAAGCAACUUCGACAACAGAUAGAAGAUGGGGAAAUAGAGAUUGAAAGGCUUAAGUCAGAGAUCGCUGGACUGCUCAAAGACAAUGAGAAGAUCCACGCCAGCCCUGCAGCCGCGCCUAAUGACGAUGACUCAGAAAUUAAAAAGAUCAAGAAGGUCCAAAGUUUUCUGCGAGGCUGGAUUUGCAGGAGGAAGUGGAAGACCAUCAUCCAGGAUUAUAUCCGCUCACCUCAUGCAGAGAGCAUGAGGAAAAGGAACCAGGUGGUGUUCAGCAUGUUGGACUCGGAGGCAGAGUACGUCCAGCAGCUUCAUAUCUUGGUGAACAACUUCCUGAGGCCGCUACGCAUGGCAGCCAGCUCCAAGAAGCCACCCAUCACCCACGAUGAUGUCAGCAGCAUAUUCCUCAACAGCGAAACUAUCAUGUUUCUACAUCAGAUAUUUUACCAGGGUCUAAAAGCCAGAAUAGCAAGCUGGCCAACAUUAGUGCUCGCCGACCUCUUCGACAUCUUGCUCCCAAUGCUGAACAUCUACCAGGAGUUCGUGAGGAACCACCAGUACAGUCUGCAGAUCCUGGCUCACUGCAAGCAGAACCGAGACUUUGACAAACUGCUGAAGCAGUAUGAGGCCAAGCCUGACUGUGAGGAAAGGACUCUGGAGACCUUCCUCACCUACCCCAUGUUUCAGAUUCCCCGCUACAUUCUUACUCUCCAUGAACUUCUGGCCCACACACCUCAUGAACAUGUGGAGAGAAACAGUCUGGACUACGCCAAAUCUAAGCUGGAGGAGCUUUCCAGAAUAAUGCAUGAUGAGGUGAGCGAGACCGAGAACAUCAGGAAGAAUUUGGCAAUAGAGCGCAUGAUCGUAGAGGGCUGCGAGAUUCUCCUCGACACCAGUCAGACCUUUGUAAGACAAGGGUCUCUCAUCCAGGUGCCAAUGAGCGAGAAGGGCAAGAUCACCCGUGGGCGACUGGGCUCUCUGUCUCUAAAGAAGGAGGGGGAGAGGCAGUGCUUCCUCUUCUCCAAGCAUUUAAUCAUCUGCACCAGAGGUUCUGGGGGGAAGCUUCAUCUCACCAAGAAUGGAGUAGUCUCACUUAUAGACUGCACUCUUAUGGAGGACCCUGAGGGGACAGACGAUGAGUCUAAAUCAGACAAGAGUGGCCAGGACAUGGAGCACCUGGACUUCAAGAUUGUCGUGGAGCCAAAGGACAGCCAGUCAUUCACCGUCAUUCUGGUGGCCUCCUCAAGGCAGGAGAAGUCUGCAUGGACCAGUGACAUCAGCCAGUGCAUCGACAACAUCCGCUGCAAUGGCCUGAUGAUGAAUGCCUUUGAAGACAACUCCAAAGUCACAGUACCACAGAUGAUCAAGUCAGAUUCAAGUUUGUACUGCGAUGAUGUGGACAUUCGCUUCAGUAAGAUGAUGAACUCCUGCAAGGUGCUGCAGAUCCGCUACGCCAGCGUCGAGCGCCUGCUGGAGAGGCUGACUGAUCUCCGUUUCCUCUCAAUCGACUUCCUCAACACCUUCCUGCACUCCUAUCGCGUGUUCACCACCGCCGAUGUGGUGCUGGAUAAACUCAUCACUAUCUACAAGAAGCCCAUCAGUGCCAUCCCUGCUCGGUCCCUGGAGUUAUUCUUUGCCAGCAGCCAGAACAGUAAACUCUUAUAUGGAGAGCCUCCCAGCUCCCCCAGGGCAAGCAGAAAGUUCUCCUCCCCUCCUCCUCUCGCUAUUGCCAAGAACUCAUCCCCAAACCGCCGGCGCAAGCUGUCUCUCAACAUCCCCAUCAUCACUGGGGGCAAAGCUCUUGACCUGGCUGCCCUCAGCUGCUCCUCAAAUGGCUAUGCAAGCAUGUACUCCUCCAUGUCCCCAUUCAGCAAGACCACCUUGGACAUCAACAAACUGUACGUGUCCAGCCCGAUCUCGAGCAAAAUCUCUGACGAGGGCGAGGACAAGAAGGACAAGGUGGAGGAUACCUCAGCGUGUAAACAAGAUCUCUCCGUACGAGAAGAAAGUGACAAUGAUCAAAACCAGAGUGAUGACGGAGACCCGGAAGCAUCUCCCACCAAAUCUCCAACCACACCAAAAAACAUCAAAUGCAAAAACUCCUCAGAGUUUUCCCUUUUUUCCUACAACAAUGGCAUGGUGAUGUCCUCAUGUCGAGAGCUUGACAACAACCGCAGUGCCCUGUCUGCUGCCUCUGCCUUCGCUAUUGCCACAGCUGGAGCCAAUGAGGGCACCCCUACCAAGGAAAAAUACCGACGGAUGUCCCUCGCCAGUACAGGUUUUCCAACAGAUCAGAGGAAUGGAGACAAAGAGUUUGUGAUCAGACGAGCAGCAACCAACAGAGUCCUGAAUGUGCUGAGGCACUGGGUGUCCAAACACUCUCCGGACUUUGAGAGCAACAACGAGCUGAAGACAAAGGUUAUUGCCUUCCUGGAGGAAGUGAUGCAUGACCCUGAGCUGCUGACCCAGGAGAGGAAAGCAGCAGCCAACAUCAUCAGGACUUUAACUCAGGAAGAUCACGGUGACAAUCAGAUCACCCUGGAAGACGUGACACAACUGGUUGGAGGAGGGAAGACUGAGCCCUUUGAGAACCACUCUGCGUUGGAAAUUGCCGAGCAGCUCACUCUGCUGGAUCACGUGGUGUUUAAGGUCAUCCCUUAUGAGGAGUUCUUUGGUCAAGGCUGGAUGAAGAACGACAAAAAUGAGAAGACGCCGUACAUCAUGAGAACAACGAAGCACUUCAAUGAUAUAAGCAACCUCAUCGCCACAGAGAUCCUGCACUGUGAGGACGUGGUCUCUCGGGUAGCCGUCAUAGAGAAAUGGGUGGCUGUGGCCGACAUCUGCCGCUGUCUUCACAACUACAACGCUGUGCUCGAGAUCACCUCCUCCCUGAACCGCAGCUCCGUUUUCCGCCUCAAGAAGACCUGGCUGAAGGUUUCCAAACAGACAAAAGCAUUGAUCGACAAACUGCAGAAGCUGGUCUCGUCAGAGGGCAGGUUCAAAAACCUGAGAGAGGCUUUGAAGAACUGUGAUCCUCCUUGUGUGCCCUAUCUGGGGAUGUACCUCACCGACCUGGCUUUCAUUGAGGAGGGAACGCCAAACUACACCGAAGACAACUUGGUCAACUUCUCAAAGAUGAGGAUGAUUUCUCACAUCAUCAGAGAAAUCAGGCAGUUUCAACAAACAGCAUAUAAGAUUGACCUGCAACCAAAGGUAGCCCAGUAUCUCAUGGACAGGAGCUCUGUUCUGGAUGAAGAAAGCAUGUACGAAGCCUCACUCAGAAUUGAGCCCAAAAUGUCCAACUGAUGGGGAAGGUGGUCGUCCACGUUAUUUUCUCUGUUAAUAUUACACAUCGGUUAACAUACACAUUUGUAUAAUUGUACAUGUUUAAGAUAUUUGCUCUUCUGUACAGUAGACGUUUAAGCUUGUUUAAUGACACAAAACAUUUUAGUGUAUAUUUUCCAGUAUAUAUUUUUCAUUUGUUGCCAUUGCCAUGACGACACCUGCCUAAAGGAUUUUUUCUUUUUUUUUUCUUUUUUUUUACAUUUCUUUGGGGUAUUUCAAGAAUAAUAAUAAUAGAGGUCACUUUAGUCGCAUGCAACUGUGUCUCUUAGUGACCAAUGACAUUAUUUUGCAUUAUGUCAUACUGUGUCGAAUUUGCACUUUCUGAGCACUCGUGCUGCUGGCCGUUGUUCUCUUGGCUUGAGUUUUAUUGACGACUGAGUUUCUCUGCAACCAAUGUAGCAUUGUAAAAAUGAACUGCAUAAAAAUCAGGUAAAAGAGCACAGAGAACAGAAAUGCAUUUAAAGAGAGGGAACAAUGAUCAGUGGAAAUGACAGAAAGGUAUCCAAAGCAUAAGUGUCUCUGUGCUUCCCAAACCAAAACAAGAAGGGAUUUGUUUCUUCAUUUCUGCUCACUCCUCUAAAGACAGGGGUUCCCAACUGUUUUUGCACCACUUUCACUGCUUUCAUGUUAACAGUGUAACUGUGGACCAGACAAACAGGACUAACUGGGUAUGAAACCAGACAGAAAGUGCAGCUCAAUGUCUUGUUGUGGUUAUAAAAUAAAUAGAAAAAAUAUUGCAUGAAUGCUCAAAACCUUUAAUUUGGUGAAAUAUGAGCGUAUAGCCAUGUGGGAUGUAUCAUGUUCAAAUUUAUGAUUUUGACAUGCUGAUGUUUAGUAGGUAUAAUGAGAACCACUCUUACUCUCUCAGUUUAUCCUGUUCACAUGCUCACAUUUACCAAUUUGCACUAAACUCAUAGAUGAUGAGAAUAGUGUUGGUUUUGCAAGUAUUAGUCAUGUCCUAACUAAACUUUUGACCUGAUGAUGGCACAAGGUUAAAAGAGAUCCCUAAAGUCAUUGCAGUUCAUCAUGAAGGACUCAUGAAUUCAUGCACCAUACUUUAUGAUAAUCUAUUCAACGGUUGUUGAGAAAUUUUGCAAAAAAAAAACACAAAUGUAAACCUGCAUAUGCUGCAAGAGGAAAAGUCAAAGAAUCACCAGUGCUAGUAGGCUUCAGUCUACAGAUUUGUACCAAAUUUGUUAAAAUACACCAAAGCUGUUAAAAUAUUCCAGUCUGGAACAAAGUGGUGGUCGAACAUUGCUAUCUCUAGAGUCAUACCAUUUGCAUGGCCAAAAAUCAAACUAUAGUUUUCAGGGCUGUCAAUUGGAGAUAAUUUGUUCAUAGACAACAUUCAAGAAUAAUUCACAUUGACAAUAACAGACCAAAGACUAUAUAAAAGCUGGAUGUAGCCUCCAGGUUCGAAAAGUGAAGCCAAUGCAAAAACGAUUUAAAUCUGCACUCUAUUAAUAGCCAGAAGAGGGCGACUGCAAUGCAUAAAGAAGUUCGAUUGUAUAAAAUUUUUUGAGAACAUGGCUCGAUUCCUCACUUGAUUUGUUACCUCAGUGAGAAUCUUUUUUUUCUGAGUUUAUGAUCUCAAAGGCUAGUUUCAGUUCUCCUACAAUACAGAAUGAUGUUCAUUUAGUAAUAGUAUAGUGGUAUAGUAAUAAAGUGUGACAUGCUUUAGGAUAUGGCUACGUUGUGCCUGUUUACUACUGUAUGGCUGUGCUUAGUGUUCAGAUCCAUCCUUCACUCAUCACAUCCAGUUUCAAAAUACCAAAACUGCAGUCGUCAAAUCCCAAAAGAAUAGUCCACAAAGUAAUGCAUGAUGUCACUGUGGCUACAUCCAUCUUUUAUAUACAGUCAGUGACACAGACCAUAUGUGAUAUGAGACCAGAUGUGCUGCAAAAUGCUGGACAGCCUGUGCCAACUAAAUUGCCUGGAAAGUUUUAGAAUUUUCAGAAUCAUUCAGCUUUUUUCAGAGGUUUUCUUUUUCUGUCCAGUAGUAAAUGUUUUAAGGCCUGGUGAUGGUCCACAACCCAGAGGUUGGGAACCUCUGCUCUAACAAAUAUGUCUUCAUUAACCUGAAACUAAAAGUUUUAAGUGGGUUUUUGUUUGUUAAAUAGUGAUGCACUUCGUUAGAAGCCUGUUGGUGCAUGAAGGUUCUAAAUUCACAUUUAGACACCUAAGUUUAAUUAAUAUAAUCAGCUGUAAACAGUGUAACAACAUAAAUCACACCAUUUUAGACUGGUGUGAUUUAAGGAUUAGUCAUUUGAAUUUGUCGCUACACUCAAAGUACACAAGUACAGUACAAAGAGUUUUCCCUUGACUUGAAUUUCUUUCUUUCUUUUGGUUAAUUCAAACUCAUGAAAAAAGAUCACGCGCAGUGGUAAGUGUUGUACCUUCAGGUUCGGGUUCUACUUCUGUAGAGUAAAAGGUUGUUGCUCUUCUGUAAUUAAAAGACAAUCUGUCCUUUUUGCUGUUCCAGUGAUUGUGGAACGUGACUGUAUAUCACUCUGUUAUAUGCAUUGUUGUUAAAAACUAUGAUAAAAUGUAUGUGAAUGACCUCUGCCUGCAGCAUUCAAACACUAUUUUUGUAGUAGUAUAAGAGAGAGUGACCUGCUCUUUAUAUGAACAUGGGAAAGUAUUUUGUACUUUGUUGUUAAUUCACUUCACUGAGAUGUGCUGUACAUUUUGUACAUGCAACCUGGCAUAUUUCUCAAUGUGGAACAGUGUAAUCCUUUCAAAAACAAGUUGUAUCUCAAGCUUAACACGAAAUGCUACAACAGUGUGGUCUUGAAACCAUGACUUAGAGGUAGGAGACAACUUCAAAGUGUUUUGCAUUUAUACUGUAAUCCUGUCUAUAACCAUUUCUGUUAGCAGGAAUAUAGUAACGUAGUGCUUAUUCUGUGAAUAUUUGUAUGUAUUUUUACUAUGUAUGUACAGUACACUUUUGAAGCUCAUGUGGUAGGCAUGCAACACCUUCACAGACAGAAUAAUACUAUAUACUUAUACUGUAUACACUUAUACAUGCACAUACUCUUAUAAGGUAUAUAAACAAAUAAACAUUUUGCUGUUAGCAAUACCCAUUGGUAUGAAAAUUAUCUUUCAACCCUCAUGUUUCCACAGCUUAAGAAAUAUUCCCAGUUUUGUAAGAAAAAAAAAGAAAACAGAAUAAAAGACAUGAAGAUGACAAUAACAACAAAUAAACAAAAAUAUGUUUCCCAGUUACCUCUUGCUAAUAAAUCCAUUUUAUCUCA